AACAAAAGAUUUCAUUCACACAUACCCAUACCCAUACCACAUAUAACAUACAUAUAUACAUGCACGUAUACAUCAAGAAAAAUUUGAUUUAUCGAUUUUCAGUGAAUUGCCACCUCCUAGAUACGAAACACCAUGGUGCAAUCUGCAUCUCUCAUAUCGCGAAAACGCGACCUAAUCUACUUCAUUUUUUUCGCCAUCCACCUCCCUAUCAUUUUCCUCAUCGACACAGUCCCCCUUCUCCCCUCCAUCCUCCAGACUAACCUUUCCCACCAUAUCCGUUCCUACUACAUAACCACCUACCAUGACAAAUUCUUCUCGGAGCCCGCUCCGGCGUGGUUCUCCACCUUUAUCGCAAUGGAACUUGUCUAUCACGCACCGUUGAGUCUCUGGGCUCUUGGCGCGUUGCUCAAAGAUGACCCCCUGGUCCCAAUGCAUUUGUUGGUGUUUGGAGUUCAAUCAUUCGUGACCUCGAGUGCUUGCUUGGCAGAGGUCUGGGGCUGGGACGAUCGCACGGUCGCCCAGAAGCAGGAUUUGACUAUGUUGUAUGCGCCUUAUGUGAUGCUUGGGGCGUUUAUGGCGUUGGACAUGCUCUUUAGGUUGCGGGGGAAGCUACUGAGUAAGUCCAAGAGCGAGUAACUUGUAUGUGGGUUGGGCCCCUGGUACAGACCGGGUAGAAGUAGAAUAUAGGUCUGGGUUGGGAAUAAUACUACGUCGUAGUACUUCUGAAAGGACUGCAAUUUCACUAUCACGGAUGGAGUCAAUGGCAAAUUUAGAUCGCAAUGCGAGGCUGGAAUCUUACGUUCCACCUUCUGCAGUGGAAGUACUUAGUUUUAGGGCUACGUGACUGAUCGAAAAAGUAAGACAAGAAAUAAACGAAGAGGCUCCACUUCAAUACAUGAGACUCCAUUUACGAGGCACAGCAUAGAACGCAUUCACCGCAAGUGCAGAUAAUGUUUGUAUUCAUAA